UUGGUAGUUUGAGUGAACUAAUGAAGGCCUACUUUUUACUGUAAAUUUGACUUCUUUUCUUAGAGGAGGCCAGAUAACCAUGUCAGCCACAGUUGUAGAUGCAGUUAAUGCUGCACCCCUAUCGGGGUCCAAAGAAAUGAGUUUGGAGGAACCAAAGAAGAUGACCAGAGAGGACUGGAGAAAGAAGAAGGAGCUAGAAGAACAACGAAAAUUGGGCAAUGCUCCUGCAGAAGUUGAUGAAGAAGGAAAAGACAUCAACCCCCAUAUUCCUCAGUAUAUUUCUUCAGUGCCAUGGUAUAUCGAUCCUUCAAAAAGACCUACUUUAAAACACCAGAGACCACAACCAGAGAAACAAAAGCAGUUCAGCUCAUCUGGAGAAUGGUACAAGAGGGGUGUAAAAGAGGUAUGUAGACAACCUGUGUACCUCUUCAUGGAUAUGGAGAGUUUAAGAACUUAACAUAAGAACUUUCAAUGCAAUACUAUU